UCAUUCAGUUGUGAGAUUAGUAUCCUCCAGUCCGGUGGGUGGCGGUCGUACAUUUUAAUGUUUUUUCUUACAAAAGAAUUAGAAGUGAAGCGGAACUUGUUUUUCAGAGCUGAUGGCGCGAAUGACUGGAAUACAAACUAGCGAAUAAAAUACAGAUAGAAUAGUUAAUGUAUUACUUCCAGUGUGUUAUAUAACAUGUCAUUGUGGUAGGUGAUAAACUAAUUUGAAAUGAAGUCAAAAUGUUCUAGUUAGAAGUUAGUUUUAAUCGAUUCGCCGUUUGUGUUCUAUUGGAUUUGAUUCUGUCACGCACAGAUAAUCAGCCAGCAUGUCUAAAGAAAACAAGGAUGCAUACAUUGUAAAAUUUGUUGAACACAAUGGAGAGAAGGCUGAUCUGGCUCUACAGGCCUAUAAGGCAAUAGUAGAACUGCAGUCAGAGAAAUAUGUGCAGAUGAUCGAUGAACAAACAGCACUAGAGUUGGACCACAAUGACAAAUCCCUGUUUGUCUUUAGUGACUUCACCAGUAAUGCUUUUGAGCACUGCAGGGGGCUGAGAUGCAGGAUAGUGAGUCCGCUGGUAGUGUUAUUCUGUCUACAGAAACAGAGGUGUGUUCCUAAAGCAGAGCAGCCUGUCUAUAGCAUGGCCAUGGCUGAUGUCACCAUCUCCUGCACCAACCUUGACAAGGAGGCACGGAGCGAAGUGAUGGAUCUUGUCCAGCUGAUGGGUGGCCGUGUCUACCGUGAUCUUAACGUGUCUGUUACGCACCUAGUGGCGGGUGAAGUGGGGAGUAAAAAAUACUUGGUCGCUGCAAGCCUUGAGAAACCCAUCCUUCUCCCUAGCUGGAUAAAAGCAUGCUGGGAAAAAUCUCAGGAUAGUGUUUUCCAUCACUCUGAGCUGAAUAUUGAGGACUAUCGGUGCCCAGUCCUAAAAGGCUGUACAGUAUGUGUGACGGGUCUUUCUACUGUCGAGCGUAAAGAGGUUCAGAGGUUGUGUGAGCAGAAUGGAGGCUGCUACACCGGGCAGCUUAAGAUGAACGAAUGCACUCAUCUCAUUGUCAGCGAACCCACAGGUCAGAAAUACGAGUUUGCCCGUAAGUGGAAUGUGUACUGCGUGUCCCUGCACUGGCUCUUUGACAGCAUAGAGAAGGGCUUCUGUCAGGAUGAGAGCAGGUAUGCUGUGGAGAAGAGGAAAACGGAGGAGAAACCGGGCAGACCCAACACCUCCACCCCUACAGGAACCAGCAAAAACAAAGAGGAAGGUCCUUCACUUUUGGGAUUGAGCCAUAUCUCCAAUAUCAGCAUGAAUGUGAAUGAAACUGCACUCACCACGGCGUGCAUCAGCCACAUAGAGACUCCUGAUCCAAUCGAUUCAUUUGACAUAACUGUCUGCCGAGUUGAUGACCUGUUGGAUGGCUGUAAGCUGUACUUAUGUGGGCUGUCUGGAAAGAAACUGGAGAAACUGCGGCGGAUGGUGAACUCUGCUGGAGGCCUGCGCUUCAACCAGCCCGGCCAAGAGCUCACACACAUAGUGAUGGGUGAACCAGACCAGGGUGUCAAAGUCUUCCUUGAAAAAGCCACUCACAGACCUCAUAUAGUCACAGUGCAAUGGCUGCUGGAGAGUUUUUCCCGUGGUACUCUGCUCCCAGAAGAUGCCUACUUUCACCCCUCCUUCCUGCCACCUGCCCCAGCCGCUGUUGACAUGCCAGCUCCCCGCAGUUCUUCCUCCCGCACCUCCAGACCCUCGGUAGCUCCGCCUCCUGCUCCCAGUCCAGCCCGACAGGUCCGAGCAGAGGAAGAGUUGCUUUCACAAUACGUAGAAAAUGACCAAACUGUGGUGGAGCUCCCUCAGGCUGCUAAUAGCACCACCGGAAGGCAGAGCAUUCUUCUUCCAGAUCCUCCAACUAUAGGGCAAGACUCUACUAUGUGUGAAGCCUCAGAAGGAGGCCUGUUUUCUGGGAAGCGGUUCCUCUUGGUUGGAUUUGGAGCCGAGGCAGAAGCCCAGCUCUCGGAGCUCAUCAUGGAAAACUCUGGGAAGAUUUUGGUUGGCCGCUCGAGAGCAGUGGCGCACUACGCCAUUGUCCCGCUGCUGGGCUGUGACGUGGAAGCCACAGUGGAUGAGGUCGCAACAGAUACAUGGCUGGCCAUGUGUGUAGAGCAGCAGAGUGUGUUGGCACUGUCAUCUCAUCCUCUCUUCACUCCGGUGACUAUGAGAGAGGGUUUCUCUCCUCUCAAAGACUGUGUGCUGUCUGUCAGUCAGUUCACUGGAGCAGAGAGAGACUCUCUCAUUCAGUUGGCCAAACACUUGGGAGCCAGUGUUCAGGAUUAUUUUGUGCGAACUGCUAACCAGAGGAAGGGAAUGCUGGCUAGCACUCACUUGGUACUCCAGACACCAGAGGGCACAAAGUACCAGGCUGCCAAGAAAUGGAGUCUGCCUGCAGUUACCAUCCGCUGGGUUUUAGAGUCUGCAAGAACAGGGAAGAGGGCCGACGAGGGACGCUACCUGGUUGACCUACCACCUUCUCCAGAGAGAACAGAGGACAGUUUCGUUGGGGCAUCUCAGAGAGACCCAGCACCUCUGCGUAUCCCGCAGCGCUCCCCAGAGCUCCCUCUACUGGGCCUGCAGAACAGCGCAGCAAUCACCCCACUAGACACUGCUCGAUUUCAGAGCCGCACCGUUCGCUCGGCAGUCAGGAAGAUGAAGCAGGGAGAGGAACAGCAGAUGGAAGUAGUGACCCCAGGACAGGAGGAUGCCAGAUCAGCACUUCAGAAAGACUCCUCCCUCCAUCUAGACACUCCCUCACGAUUCCUUAGCAGAGAUCGACUAUUCGGACCUUCAUUUAACACAAAGGAUGUAUUUGAUCAUUUACAAACUCCUGGUAAUAAGCCUCAGGAAGGUAAGGGGGCAGAGACGCCUCUAUCCGAGGUCAUUGAAAGGAACCUGAAAGCUGCCGUCGCCAACAGCAAUCGCAGUCAUGUGACAAAUCUUGCAGCCAUGACGGCCAGUCCUCAACUGGGAAAAGUGCCUGAGCCCGAGGUGGAGCAGAAAAUGACAGCUCCCCUCACCGGCGUGGUGGUGUGUGUGAGUAAGAAAUUAAGCAAGAAACAAAGUGAACUCAAUGCAGUGGCUGCCUCUCUGGGAGCAGACUUCAGGUGGUCAUGUGAUGACUCGGUCACUCAUUACAUCUACCAGGGUAAAGUGGGAGACAACAGUAAAGAAUACAGAGCUGUUAAAGAGAGAGGAAUACAUAUAGUGUCUGAACACUGGCUACAGGCGUGUGCGGAUGAGCAGAAGCGUGUAUCUGAAUCACUCUUCCCUUUCACCUUCAACCCCAAAAUGAGCCUGACCAUGAGUCAGAUUGCAGACUGCACCCAGAGGUCACCACCUCCUUCCACUCCCCGCACCAGACUCAGAACAUUUGCAGAAGAUGAAGAGACCCGGCUGGGCGCUUUGGAUGACAUCACGGACAUCUCCACCCCAAAGCGAGUUAGUAUGGAUGGGCCUGAGAAAGAGCAGAAGCCCACCAGCAAUGACAAAAGAGAUCUCACAGAAACACUAGAGAUGAGAGAGAAUUUUCAGAGGCAGCUUCAGGAAAUCAUGUCUGCUACUAAAAUGACCAAUGGUCGUCGAGGCUCCACACGAUUGACCAGAGCAGGCUCAGGGAGUCUGGACUCGCCCCACACCCCCGACAGCUUGGGACGAAUAGGCAGACGCAGUCGUAAUUUAGAAGCCAUACGGAUGUCACGUCAGGUGGCUAUGGACCUAAAUACAGAACCAUCUCAGAGCGAACAGAUCGUUUGGGACGACCCAACCGCUCGAGAGGAGAGAGCCCGAUUAGCUGAUAACUUGCAGUGGCCUGGCAGCCCCUCCCAGCACUCUGAGCCCCUCACCGUCAUCCCACCACCCCCUUCUGACCAGACCAAAAACGCCAGAGACUCCAUGACUGACUCUGAACUGGUGGAAAUGGCUGCAUUCGAAGUCAUAGAUGCACAACUGCGUCCGAAAGUGACUCCACCCCGAGGCAACAUUUCUCAAAACCCUGAAACACCCGAAGCACCUAGCAUUGCUUUCCCUGUCUCUAAACCUGCAGCACCUCCACAGAUUGAGUUAGAGGAAGAAAGUGAAGAGGAGAUAAAGGAGGAACCUCCACGUUUUCUUUUGUCUUCGUUGAAUCCACAGGAACGCAUUGACUACAGCCAUCUUAUAGAGGAGCUAGGUGGUGUUGUGCUAGAGAAGCAGAGUUUCGACCCCAGUUGCACUCAUGUGAUUGUGGGUUAUCCCCUGAGGAACGAGAAAUAUCUGGCUGCUAUGGCAGCGGGCAAGUGGGUCCUCCACCGCUCAUACCUAGAGGCCUGCCGCGCAGAGGGACGCUUCAUACAGGAGGAUCAGUAUGAAUGGGGAAGCAGCUCUAUACUGGAUGUUCUGACAUCCAUCAACUCUCAACAGAAGAGACUGGCGCUGGCAGCCAUGCGAUGGAGAAAAACACUGCAGGGCUGCACAACCAAAGAGGGAGCAUUUGGUGGCUGGACUGUGAUGCUAAAUAUUGACCAAGCCAGAGAGGCUGGAUUCAGACGUCUUCUACAGUCAGGAGGAGCUAAGGUUUUGCCAGACGCUUCUCCCUCUCUGUAUAAGGAAACCUCUCACCUGUUUGUAGAUUUUAGUCGAUUAAAGCCGGGUGAUGUCAGAGUGGACGUGAGCGAGGCCGCAGCUUAUGGGGUGAAAUGUCUUAAACCCGAGUACAUCGCUGAUUACCUCAUGCAGGAGCCAUCGCCGCCAAUAGAGGCUUAUUAUCUUCCCGGUGCAGCUCCAGAUGAUACAGACAAGGUUCACGAUACAUCUUCACGUAAACGCAAAGCCUCUGGAGAAAUAUCCACAUUAAAGAAGAGUCGUGUUCGAUGAAACCAUCACAUUUCAAGCUCUUAAUAUAAUAGCCUGUUUAUUUAAGUGCAUUUUAUUCAAUUAUUACAAUGUAGAUAAAAUAUUGUCAAUAAAACUUUAAUUCAGAAUCUGAA